AUAGUAACCAAACAGCUCCUGCAGAAUCCGUCGCCUCUCGAAUUCUCUUCAACCCUCCACUCGCUUUAAAGUUUAAACCCUUCUGUUGCUUCCUUUCGCUGCUCAAAAACCCUAGUUUUGUCGGGUGCUUACUCUACUAUCAAAGAAAAUGACUGCCGAAGCUGUGAAUCCAAAGGCAUACCCACUUGCAGAUGCGCAGCUCACCAUUACAAUACUGGACCUUAUUCAGCAAGCUGCUAACUACAAGCAGCUCAAAAAGGGUGCAAAUGAAGCAACGAAGACGCUGAACAGGGGUGUUUCGGAGUUUAUAGUGAUGGCCGCUGAUACAGAGCCGCUCGAAAUCCUUCUACACCUUCCUUUGCUUGCGGAAGAUAAGAAUGUGCCCUAUGUGUUUGUGCCUUCGAAACAAGCCCUUGGACGAGCUUGUGGAGUCACACGACCUGUCAUUGCUUGCUCUGUGACAAGCAAUGAGGGAAGCCAGUUGAAAUCCCAAAUACAGCAAUUGAAGGAUGCCAUUGAAAAGCUCUUAAUCUAAGAGAAAAUGCAGUCUCCUUUCGGUGUGAUGGGCCUCUCAGAACUUCGUUAUUGAUUUUUCUAGGGGCUUUGACUGAUGAAGUUGUUUUGAAUACUGAUCCUGUAUUGUUUUUCCAAUUUCGUUAUUUUCUCUCAUUUAUUCGGAUAUGAAUGUAAGCUUGUUAUACAACUGAAUCUUUGUUCAAUGUUCAGCUACAUUAUAGAUUGUUCAAUUUUCAA